AUGAAAAAAUAGAAGUUCGAGAGAAUGGCUGUAAGCUAGAACCAAAGGAGAGAAGACUGGAUAAAUGCCGUGCUCUAGGAUAAAGAAUUCCUGAUGGGUAAGUAUCAAUAGAAAUUGGCUUUGUAGAAAUAUAAAAUCAUUUAUGGUGUUAAGAACAGCUUAAUUAAUCUAAUGGCUACUUAUAGCAUAUCAAAAGGGGGUAGUGCCAAUGGUUCAUACAAGUCAUCACAAAUUCAGGGAGUUUAAUUCAACAUAGGUUUCUCAGAGGACUAAUAACAACACUGCUGGCAGCAGUAGAAUGAUGGAAUCCGUAAAUUUAUACAAGAAGAGUAUGACUAGACCAAAUGGAAGUCAAAAAAAGAUUUUAAUGCUCAAAUGAACUCAAAAGAUAAGUCCUGGGACCCCAUUCAAAAUACAUCUAGGUUAUUUUGUGAACCUUUUGUAGAUAAAAAAGUGGAAUUCAGGAAAAGUUAUAACGGCAAGAAUGGGUCCUUGGCAGAGUAUUUUCAGUCAAAGUAUGAUGUUACUACUACGUCUAAAGAAGUAGAAAUUAAGAAACAGCAAUAACUGUUUGAUUCAACUAUUCCUUAAGAUACUACUUGGAAAAACAGAGUGAUGGAAUCCUAAUCUCUAAGAUAAAGAGCGCAUUUAAAUUAAAGUCUCAAGAUGAAAGAUAAGUAAUAAGAUCAAAGAGGAUUGUUCGGCUAAAACCAAUUAGGCUAGCUAAAAGUUAAUGCUUUUGUUGAUGACAAUGAUUUAGGCUCAAAUUCAGCUACUCCUGAGAAAAAAGUCCAAAGAUUUUUUAAGCUCUAUAACUCUGUUGAUAAGCACAGUCAACUUUCUAAGAUUAUUUCAGAGCAUUCGCCUUCUAGUAGUAGAAGAAAUACUGCAAAAGUCAAGGAAUAAAUAAUAGACCUCCAGCAACUAGAUCCAGAUAGUGCAGCCUAGCUGCUCAACAAUUCUAUGAGUAAAAGCUUUACAAAUAGUUGGUAGUAUCAAAUAGUCAAGCCCCUCUAAAACAAAAACUUUUAAGCUCGAGAAGAGCUAAAUGAUUCUCAUAUCUUAGGGGAACUUGACAAAGUUAAAACUUAUUACAGCAGUGUCAUGGGGAAGUUACCUCCAAGAACUUCUAUAAAUUCUCCCUUUAAUGUACUGCAUAGCAAAGGAGUCAUCAGAGAGGAAUUAAAUGACUCAGCUGGUUUCAAGCCUAGAAAAGGAGUAAAAAGAUACAACAGAACUAAUAUUCCAAGUCCCUCAGGAAGUCAAAAGAGGAAAAGUGAAACUCAGGGUGAAAAUAGACUAAAAUAUGGAUCUAUCAAAUAAGCAAUUGACAAAUAUUUUGAACGAAAGAAUAACAAGCAAGCAAAGAAUUUGAGUAAAACUAAUCUACUAGUAAUGAAAAAUAAUGCUUAAUUUGUUCAUUGA